AUGGAUUCCCGACUGGAACGCUGUGUGGUCCGCGGAGCUCUGAAUGGCGCAGAGAGACAGACACACGUGACAGCAGCAGCAGCAGCAGCAGCUGACUUCUCUCUCUCAUAUUGCAGACAAGUACUGGUGUUUCUGCUGGGUGUGGGCAGUUUGCAGCUGUUUGUUCAGAGUAACUGGACUGGCCCUCCUGUUCACAUGCAACCGGAGGAUAUUUUACCUUCAAUUGGAAAUUUUGCCGAGCCACAAAGAUUGCGAGCCGCCCUGUUGAACAAUCUUGCUUUAGAUGGGGAAGCGAUUUACACCCUUGUCUCCAAUCCCAUCCUGCUGAUGUUAGCCAGGAUUGUCCUAGUGAGCUGCAGGAGUAAACUGGACUGUUUCCAGAUGUUGCCUUGGUGGACAUUGCGGUGUGUGAACAUUCAGCAGCAACUCCUGGCAGAGCGGUCCCCUCAGCUUUUCAGCAUAGUGAAAGGUUGUGAAGACGCAGUGUUGGGAAACGAGAGCUUGUUUAGCUCAGAGGAUUGCCAGCGUUUAGCAAUCCAGUUCCAUCUGGAGUGUGGCUACAGCUUUCUGUAUUACUAUGAGUAUGUAAAGGCCAAGGAGCAUUUCAGUACAGCGCAGAGUACGGCCAAACUUCGCACAACCAUGACAGGUGCUUUGGGGAAACGGACACGUUUCCAGGAAAACUAUUUGGCUCAGCUUAUCCUGGAUGUCCAAAGGGAAGGUGAUGCUGCUCUUCAAGAGGAUUUCAUGCUGACUCCCACACCCUUGGAAUAUUUACCACAGAUCCAUGAGCUGAAUGAUGAUGCUGUGCUGAAUACAAUUAAACUGGCUUAUCCUGAAGAGCACAGGUUGCCGGACCUGUGUGCAGAGGAGCUCGCUGUAAUCCUAGGCAUCUGCACAGAUUUCCAGAAGAACAACCCUGUUCACAAGCUGACUGAAGAGGAGCUGUUAGCGUUCACGUCGUGUCUACUGUCACAGCCCAAGUUCUGGGCCAUUCAGGCAACCACCUUAAUGCUGAGAACCAAGCUGGAGAAGGGCAGCGGCCGGCGGAUUGAGCGGGCCAUGAAGCAGACUCAGGCUCUUGCAGAUCACUUUGAAGACAAGACGGCACCUGUAGUUGAGCGCCUGAAGAUAUUUUACAGCUGCCAAGUGCCACCUCACUGGGCUGUUCAGCGGCAGCUUGCCAAGCUACUGUUUGACCUGGGGUGCAGCAGCUCAGCUCUGCAGAUCUUUGAGCAGCUGGAGAUGUGGGAAGAUGUUGUGAUUUGUUACGAGCGAUUGGGGCAGCACGGGAAGUCAGAGGAGAUUCUCCGCAGAGAGCUGGAGAGGACGGAGACGCCAGCCCUGUACUGCCUGCUGGGAGACGUGCUGGAUGAGCACCAGUACUAUGACAAGGCGUGGGAGCUCUCCAAGCACCGCAGUGCCCGUGCCCAGCGCUCGAAGGGGUUACUCUUUCUCCGCAACCAUCAGUUCAGAGAGUGCGUGGAGUGCUUCGAGCAAUCGGUCCAGCUCAACCCCCUUCAGCUCGGACUCUGGUUUUCAAUGGGUUGUGCCUAUCUCGCAUUGGAAGACUUUGAAGGAGCCGCUAAAGCAUUUCAGAAAUGUGUGAUGUUGGAACCUGAUAAUGCAGAAGCUUGGAACAAUCUGUCAACUGCAUACAUCCGAUUAAAACAAAAAACAAAAGCCCUCCGAUCACUCCAGGAAGCCAUCAAGUGUAAUUAUGAGCACUGGCAGAUCUGGGAGAACUACAUUGUCACCUGUAUUGAUGUCGGAGAGUAGCGAGCUAUUAAGGCCUACCAUCGACUCUUGGAUUUAAAAGACAAGUACAAAGAUGUUCAAAUUCUCAGGAUCCUGGUGCGGGCAGCAGUGGAAGGUAUCGCCGACUGUAGGGGAGACACAGCUACAGCCUUGAAGGGGAAGGUCCAGGAGCUCCUUGGGAGGGUCACUUCCAAAGUGCCCAAUGAUGGACAGAUUUGGAAAUUAUAUGCCAAACUCUACGGAGACGGACAGACAACAAACACGGAGGAUAAUGAGAAGGCGCUGCAGUUUCUAACUAAAGCUCAUGGGUGUGAAACUAACUCAAGUGGAUGGGAAAAAGAUAUUGCAUCUUUCAAAGAUGUAGCUAAAUCAGCUAUAGAGCUCGCACACGUGUCAAUCAAGUGCAGCAAAGCUCAAAGUAACCCUCAGGUGGCACUCCAGAUGCUGUCUUCAGCUCGUCUCAAGCUGCGUGGUCUGUCCAGUAAAGCACAGCAAGUUUACACGGACGUAACUACUGGCGAAAUACAGAGUGAACUGGCCGACGAAAAAAAGACUGUGGACAACAUGAUUCUGGAGCUUCAAGAGCUGAGCAACCAGUUGCGAAAUCAAUCAUGAGGAGGUGGAAAACAUGAAUCUCGGAUCCCCAUGGGGAAACACCAGGAACUCAUUUACGUUCGCCAUAGAACUGCGAUGAAAUGGUGCAGCAGACGUGCCAGAGGAUUGUAUAUUUGAACUGCCUCAAUAAUCUGCAUAAUAAAAUGGUUCCUUUCUACCCUGA